AUGGCGGAAGGCUACGUGACUUUUGCAUCGGUGGAUGGUUCAGAGGAGAACACAUUUCGCGAGCCCUCAACGGUGCCUACGACUCCGGAUGGAAGCUGCUCUUUCAGUCCUGUGUUGAAGUACUCUCAUGAAGUUGAGUACGGCGACACGGAGAGCCUCGAUGAGGACAAGUUCACGGGAUUGGCAAGCGAUGGUGAAGCCAGUAGCCAAACCGAUCUAAGCAGCAGGCCGAUUCCAGUCCGCAACAUUUGUUGCGUUGGCGCGGGUUACGUCGGCGGACCUACCGCUGCAGUCAUUGCCUUUCAAAAUCCGCAUAUUCGCGUCACCAUCGUCGACAGAGACGAGCGGCGCAUCCGUCGAUGGAACUCCAAGCAUCCCCCAAUCUACGAGCCUGGACUCCGAGAUAUUGUACGGGUCGCGAGAGACGGUGCAAAGGAGUGCGCGUUUCCCAGUGAACCUAUGAAGAUGAGACAUACGGCCAUGUCGGAACGGUCUUCCGCCACAUCUGAGUGUGGGAGCCAGUGUGACGAAGGAACCAUCAGGAUCCCCGACAGAGAACCAAAUCUCUUCUUCUCAACGCAGGUUUCAAAGUGCAUAUCGGAGGCGGACGUCAUCCUGAUCGCCGUAAACACACCAACGAAAACCAGGGGUCAUGGAGCGGGCAGCGCGACGGACAUGACCGCCUUCGAGGCCGUCACUGCAGAGGUCGCAAGACAUGCGCGACCAGGUGCCAUCGUGGUUGAGAAGUCAACUGUGCCAUGCCGAGCUGCAAACCUUGUGCGCGAGACGCUCAUGGUUCACCGACCCGGAGUUCACUUUGAAAUUCUCUCCAACCCCGAAUUCCUCGCGGCCGGCACCGCCGUCAAGGACCUCCUCAACCCGGACCGUGUACUCAUUGGCUCAGACACGACUAGUUCCGGGAAGCGCGCUGCAGAGGCUCUCGCAAGAGUGUACGCCGCCUGGGUGCCUCGUCCUCGCAUAGUAACCACCAACGUGUGGUCUUCCGAACUCGCAAAACUCGUAGCGAACUCGAUGCUUGCGCAGCGGAUCAGCAGUAUCAACUCCAUCAGCGCCAUCUGCGAACGAACGGGCGCGGAUGUGGAUGAAGUAGCCGCCUCCGUUGGCUGCGACCCGCGCAUAGGCGACAAAUUUCUCAAAGCCGGUAUCGGCUUUGGCGGAAGCUGCUUCAAGAAGGACAUCUUGAGCUUGGUGUACCUCGCCGAGUCACUGGAUCUUCCCGAGGUCGGCGAGUACUGGAGACAAGUCGUCAAGAUGAACGAGUACCAACGGGACCGCUUCACCAAGCGCGUAGUAAAAUGUCUGAACAAUACCUUGGCGGGUAAAAAGGUCACCGUGCUCGGUUACGCGUUCAAGAAGAACACAUCCGACACAAGAGAAGCACCAGCGCUGGAGAUCAUACGUACCCUCCUCGAGGAAGGGCCACGAGAGAUCGCCGUCUUUGAUCCGUGCUGCAAUCCUCUCGUCAUCCAAGAAGAGAUCCGACAGCUCUGCGGCUCGCUCAAGCCACUGAGAGAAGACGGGGGCCCCUUGGUCGUCUAUGGGAAUGCGUACGAAGCCUGUCACGACAGCAUAGCGGUGCUCAUCACAACCGAGUUCGAUGAGUUCCGUAACAAGGUUACCCCGAGCACUGCAUCCCCCGGUAGGACAACAGGAGCUUCACGGCUGGAUAUCGACCCGCGUCCCUUCCAAAACCUGGAGAUCCGACAGUCUGAUGUGCUGGCCCUACACAAAUUUCUCGUGCGCAACGGACAGGCGUCUUUAGAUGAUCCACUAGAGCGUUACGUAGUAGAGCCGGAUUGUGCACCGGAUUGUCCCGAUUGCAAGGCAGAAACAGACAGCAAGGUCUCAGGAUUCUCCACUGGAAUGGGGACCGAAGAGUAUCGACCCAAGGAGAAAGUCGACUGGCAGAGAGUUGCUAGUCACAUGCAGGUUCCGAGGUGGGUGUUUGACGGACGAGGGGUUAUUGACCCUGACGAGAUGGCAAAGUUGGGCGUCAGAGUGGAAAGCGUUGGUAGGCAAGGGCGAAAUUAA